AUGGGCUCGUCCGGCGGUGGCUCAUCACGAACCAGCACAGAUGAUUCGCAAACAGGUCUCUUGAAUGAAAAGCAGGACCACUACCACGACGAAAACACCUGUCAAGGCACCCUUUGGCCGAAAUCCCAGAAGAUCCUCGUCGCAACGCCGUGCCUACCCUUGAGGUUCCUGGCCAGAUCGAUAGUCCAACUAUUCCAACUACUACUACCCAGUUUCUUCCAGCCACGACAUCACAAUGGCCAGCCCAAACCCGACAAUGUCUCCCCGACGGCAUUCCUCGACGGCAUGCGUGGCCUCGCCGCAUUUGUCGUCUUCAUCUGCCAUCUUACAUAUGGAACUUUUGAUAUCGGCCAUGCGUGGGGCGCGAAUCCGGACGCAGACACUUCGGGAUCUAACAGUGUUUACAAAUGCUUUCUCCGUCUCCCUGCUGUUCGCCUUCUCUACUCCGGCCCGCCAAUGGUUGCGAUAUUCUUCGUUAUUUCCGGUUACGCGCUCAGCUACAAGCCCCUUAAGCUGAUGCGCUCACGACAGACCGAGCAGCUGAUGAACACGAUGAGUUCUUCGGUAUUCCGCCGGGCGUUGCGCCUGUUCCUGCCCUGUUUUGCGUCGACCUUCAUCGUGGCAUUCUUGGCGCAACUCAACCUGUACAAACGCACGGAAGAUUUUGCAGGUCAGAUGCGGACCAUCCGCGAGGACCACUGCUACACCCAGCCCAACCCAUGGCUACAGUUCACGGACUGGAUGCAACAAAUGCUGAUAUUUGUGAAUGCGUUUGAUUGGUCCCUGUACGCGGGCUCAAUUGAACUCGACAGGCAUCUAUGGACCAUUCCGGCGGAAUUUCGCUGUAGUAUGGCCCUGUUCCUCACCCAUGUCAUGGUCGCGAGGAUGUCAACCAAGUUGCGGAUUUGGACCUUAUCGGCGCUCAUGGUCUGGGGAGUCUCUUGGGAUCGGUGGGAAUUAUGGCCGUUCUGGGCAGGCAUGAUCAUUGCCGAGAUGGACAUCAUGCGGACUUCGAAAACGACCGACCUCCCUUGCUCAGCUACUCCACCACAACACCCAAAACCAGUUGGAAAGAUCUUCUACUCUUCUGUGUUUCUGCUAUCACUUUUUCUGCUGUCUUAUCCGGACGCCGAUGGUCACGCAACGCCGGGCUACAUUACUCUGACCCAGCUCAUUCCUCCGCAUUUCACGCAAAAGCACCGCUUCUGGCCAACCAUUGGCGCCAUUCUCAUUAUCUGGUCAACAUGCCAUCUGGAACACCUCCGUCGAAAAGUAUUUUGUUGGUCGAUCAUUCAGUAUCUCGGUAAAAUCAGCUUUCCGCUUUAUGUGGUGCAUGGGCCGGUUAUCCAUACUCUAGGCUACUCGGUGAGCGCCCCCUUCCAACCCGAUUCAUAA